GGGCGUGCGGGAAACGCAGGGCGAGGGGGUGUGGGCAUCCGAUGAGGGGAGACUUGGCUUCCAGGCCGGGGCCCCGGGCAGAGGUGGGUCUUUCCACGUUUGGGCCCCUCGGUAGGUCCUUGUGGUUGUUGCAGCCGCCUUAACGGAUGCGGGAAGGCGAGGCUCUCUCCUCCUUUGCCCCCCAGCAAUCUCGAAUGGAAGACCAUUUGCGGGAGAGGGCCUAGACUGCUGUUGCAGAGAAGGGGCGCCCCCCCCCCCCCCCCCGGGCUCCGUUUCUCCAGGUGGGCUACCAAAGGCCUGGAAGCACCUCGUUUAACCCUUCUCUCUCUGAGGAGGUGCACGCCCCUUUCCAAGCAGCACCUUGGAGAGUCCAGUGCCGGGUUUCCACUGGCCCAUCGAAGAAUUUGGAGGUUGCGUGGGGUCCCGAGCUGUUUAAAACCCUCUGGCCCUCCUUGCCCAGGCCUCCCACGUGCAGGCUUUUCGGGGCACAGCCGCCUCUGCGGUUGCCCUGUUAUAAUAAGUCUGCUGCUCUCCCGUAACCAGCUGGGAGAAAGCAGAGCUCAGCGCAGUCUCCUUUUCUGGGCCCCACGCCUUGGCCAGACCCUUCCGGAAGAGACGUCGACUUGCCAGGGCUCCGGGGGAGGAAUCCUGAGGUCGCUCACUCCCACCCUGGGGCACCCCUGGAGCAGCGAGCUCCAGUCUCCCCGCGGCCGGCUUCAGAGCCCCGAGGAGCGGGACCGGGGAUUCCCUCAGCGCUGACUCCCCGCGGCUCCUGAGCACAAAGGCCACACCCUCACAGGCCAGGCAUCGCAGGGGACAGAGCGUUGGCUUCUGCCGAAUUACCUGGAUACCUGAGGGAUUGAGCCCAGACUAAGGCCCAAGACGAUUUGAGCUGUCCGGGGCAGAGGGCUGCUGGCCCCUUUGUACUCAAGGCCAGAUCCCAAUUUGAAGGAUGACUUAUGUACCCAAGCAAGGACAGGAAUAAUGAAGAGACACAUGUGUUAGCUGCAACCUUUUGAAAUAAGCAAGAAGGAAAUCAGCAGUGUGGACAAGGCUGGAACCGUUGCCACGCUUGCUUGUCGGAGUGAAUGAGGAAUGGGCUUGUGAUUAUGCUGACAUUCCAGCAUGAAUCUGGUAGACCUGUGGUUAACCCGUUCCCUCUCCAUGUGUCUCCUCCUACAAAGUUUUGUUCUUAUGAUACUGUGCUUUCAUUCAGCCAGUAUGUGUCCCAAGGGCUGUCUCUGUUCUUCCUCUGGGGGUUUAAAUGUCACCUGUAGCAAUGCAAAUCUCAAGGAAAUACCUAGAGAUCUUCCUCCUGAAACAGUCUUAUUGUAUCUGGACUCCAAUCAGAUCACAUCUAUCCCCAAUGAGAUUUUUAAGGACCUCCAUCAACUAAGAGUUCUCAACUUGUCCAAAAACGGCAUUGAGUUUAUCGACGAGCAUGCUUUCAAAGGAGUAGCGGAAACUUUGCAGACUCUGGACUUGUCUGACAACCGGAUUCAAAGCGUGCACAAAAAUGCCUUCAAUAACCUGAAGGCCAGGGCCAGAAUCGCCAACAACCCCUGGCACUGCGACUGUACUCUCCAGCAAGUUCUGAGGAGCAUGGCAUCCAACCACGAGACAGCCCACAAUGUGAUCUGUAAGACUUCUGUGUUGGAUGAGCACGCCGGUAGACCAUUCCUCAAUGCUGCCAAUGAUGCUGACCUUUGUAACCUCCCCAAAAAGACUACCGAUUAUGCCAUGCUGGUCACCAUGUUUGGCUGGUUCACCAUGGUGAUCUCAUAUGUGGUGUAUUACGUGAGGCAAAAUCAGGAGGAUGCCCGGAGACACCUUGAAUACUUGAAAUCCCUGCCCAGCAGGCAGAAGAAAGCAGAUGAGCCCGAUGACAUUAGCACUGUGGUAUAGCGUCCAAACAGACUGGCACCGAGAAAGAAAUUCGUUUGCAGUUGCAAUAGAAUAAGUGGUUUACUUUUCCCAUCCGUUGUAAACAUCUAAAACUUUGUAUCUCCCUUUCUUUUGAAUUAUGCCACUGUCGAGCUUUUAACAAACAUGACAACAUAACAGAUAAUUUUAGUUUAGGUGUCCCACCCUUUAAUUGUACCCCCAGUGGUAUAUUCCUGAGUAAGCUACUAUCUGGACAUAAGUUAGAUCCAUCUCACUAUUUAAUAAUGAAAUUUAUUUUUUUAAUUUAAAACCAAAUAAAAGCUUAACUUUGAACCAUGGAAAA